GAAUAGUUGAGUAAAGACAUAAUGUCAUGCGUAAGAUGUUGACGUUUUUCCCUCACAUGAGCUAAAUGUUUUUCACUGUUUCCAAUGUAAAUAUGUUUUUAGUUAAUUUUUUUUAUGGAUUAGUGACUCUAUUCGUGGUCAAUUUUGUCGUCAAGUUUGUGCAAAGAGUCCGUGCCUUGCCUCCUGGACCAUGGGGACUACCCUGGGUUGGUUACUUACCCUUCAUUAGACAAGAUGCUUACAAUCAAAUGACCGAGUUGUCUGCAAAGUAUGGACCAGUUUUCAGUUUCAAGUGUGGUCAGUUUGAUGUUGUUGUUAUUAACCAAUGGAAGUUCAUUAAAGAAGCUUUGGCUAAUGAACACUUGCUUGGUCGACCUAAAGAGACUACUAUACCGGGUGUCAUUGAACAUGCCUCAUUAAUCGAAAUGUCCGGUGAAUCUUGGAAGCAACAGAGACGAGUAGCUUUAACUGUACUUCGAGAUGUUGGCUUAGGAAAGAGUGAAAUGGAAGAUUCAAUUAGAGACCAAAUUAAAUCAUUUACUGAAGUAAUUAAAUCUUCUGAAGGCAAACCAAUAACGGUAGCUGAUAAACUAUUCUUGAGUGUAUCAAACAAUAUAUCAAAGCUCGUGUUUGGACAAACGAGCGCUUAUGACGAUCCUGCUUCACUGCUUAUGGCGAAGAUGAUGCCGGAAGCGGGUAAAAUGAAAUUUUUUAAUGUGCAACAAUUUAUGCCGAUCAUCGCAAAUUUAGUAAUCAAAUUAAACCUUUUUAAUAUGACAGAAAUUAUUUCUCAUAUCAGAAAAUUCGAAUCUCAUAUUCUUGACGAGGUUAAUAUACACAAAACAAAAAAUACUGAUGAUAAUUCAAUAAAAGAUUACAUCGAUGGAUUCCUCCAUGAAAUAUCCAAAAGACAAAACGAAAAGGAUUCAACAUUCCAUGUAAAUACUUUACAACGAAAUGCAGCUUUGUUUUACUUCGCUGGAUCGGACACAAUAACAACUACACUUCAAUGGAUGAUGUUUUAUCUAGUCAAGUAUCCUGAAUACCAGAAUAAGAUACGAGAAGAAAUCAAACAGACAAUUGGAUUAAAUAGACAACCAGAAAAUGUAGAUCGAAAACAAAUGCCUUUUACAAUGGCCUUUAUUUACGAAACCUUGCGACACUCUUCAUUAGUUCCACUAAAUAUAUUAAGAAGAGCAACUGAAGACACCAAAGUUGGAGACUUUUCGAUACCUAAAGACAGUCUUGUUACAUUCAACUUUUGGUCAGUUCAUCGCGAUCCAAAUUUAUGGGAUAAUCCUGAGUUAUUCAAACCUGAAAGGUUCCUCAAUGAAGAUAAAUCUAAAGCCAUCAAACCACCUUAUUUGAUUCCAUUCAGUGGCGGAAGAAGAGUUUGUCCUGGAGAGAGUUUUGCUUAUCUUCAGUUGUUCUUGUAUCUUGUGUCAUUUUUACAACAGUUUGAGAUCUCAGCUGAACCAGGGAAAGAUAUUCACUUAGAAAGUGUACAAAAUUUCGUUACAAGAAAGAAAGAGCUACCCAACUUGAUAUUCAAGAGUGUUGAUUAAAUGUUUGUCGCAAUUGAUCAUUGAUGAAAUGACUUCAGAAAUGGCUCUCAACAUAAUACACUACCAUGACUGGAGUUUGGAUCAUUGAAAUUAUGCAUUAAAGGUUCCCUAAGAAAUGAUGGGAAUGAAUUCAAAUACAAAAAUAUAAUAAUUGUUUUUAACAAGGAUAUAAAAAAUAAAGUUAUUGCUCUUUUUUGAUUAAUA